UAUCAAAAUGAUCACCGAGAUACCCAAUCGUAAUUACGACUUGAUGUGCCGUUCAUGUGCUGCUUCCGAGUGAGGAAGCUCGUAUUUACCAUAAUUCCGAUAGCACGUGAAGGCAGCAUAUAUACUAGCGUUGUUGAUGCUGUUUUCUUUUCUACGGUACUCGAGACGUCCGUAUUAAGUUAUUUGAUGGUGCUCUGCCUACUAGUGCUCAGAGUUGGCUCGUGGGAUAAAGCCAGAAAUAACUAAACGCAAGUCUCGUGCCAGAGCGCGCUACUCUCAAUCUGGAUAUCUGUUUUGUUUUGGGGGUUCUUUCGGUUGCAAGUUAUUAAGACUUGCUAGCCAUUUUAGACUUCCUAAUAUAUAGAUGUGUAUAUAUAUAAUGGGUUUGAGCUGUUAAGAGUAUUGCAUGUGAUAAAUCAGAGGGUAAUACAGUAGAAGAGGAGAGCGAACCUGUAAGCCUCCCUGAUGCCAUCUCAAGGCGAGGUAACCAGCUAACAUAGCUCAAAACAUAUCCACUCAACUGCUGGGUGUUUUGUUGUACUAAAGGCGCCAAGGUGGACACAUGUCGAUAUUUGUCACUCUGCCUUAUUGUGUAGAGAGAAUGCUUUUUCAGCUGUCUUGAGAUGUGGCCUGUCUCUGAUUGACAAUCAUGGGAGGAUGCGUGGGGAGAGAGCGCGCGGAGUCACGCAGACACGGCUCGAGCCGCAGCGGCGCGAGGUCGCAUAGGAAACGUGGAGGUCGUAAUGAGCCCCUGAAGAAAGACAAGCCAAAGUGGAAGAGCGACUACCCCAUGACGGAGGGGCAGCUCCGCAGUAAGAGAGAUGAAUUCUGGGACACCGCUCCAGCAUUUGAGGGACGGAAGGAGAUUUGGGAUGCCCUAAAAGCUGCCGCUGUGGCGUUGGAGUGUAGCGAUCAUGAGCUGGCUCAGGCUAUAGUGGAUGGAGCCAGUAUCACAUUACCACAUGGCUCCCUGACUGAGUGUUAUGAUGAACUUGGCAACCGUUACCAGCUGCCGGUGUAUUGCCUUGCCCCACCUGUCAAUCUGAUUACAGAGAGAAGUGAGGAAGACCUGUCAGACAUCCCCGAGCCUCAGACAGCACAGAAGAAAGAGUUCCAGUUAAAGGUGCGGCUCUCAACCGGCAAAGACCUACGCCUGAACGCCAGCAUGACUGACACCAUUGGCCUGCUGAAAAAGCAACUGCAGGCUCACGAGGAAAUUGAUGUGGCCCACCAGCGUUGGUUCUUCUCUGGGAAGCUCCUCACAGACAAAACCCGCCUACAGGACACAAAGAUCCAAAAAGACUUUGUUAUCCAGGUCAUCGUGAACCAAUCGUCAACACCAAAGGCAUAGCUGUCGAAUUACGAAGAGAUGAAUGACCAAACUAAUGCAGUGACGUUAGAAGAAAAAACGUAUAUCAAACACAAAGCAUUUUGCACAAAUAUUAUUAGAGAACCUCAAGAGGAGAGACUCAAUACACUGAUUCUCAGUGUCUUUCUCUACAACGAAAGCGCUAAAUGAAUUAUUGAAUUAAAAAAUGAGUUCCUGGUGGCGUUUCGGAGGGAAAACUGAGUGCAUUGAGUCCUUCAAGACAAGCAUCAUGUGAAAACAAAUAAACAAACCUAAAGGAUUGCAUCUGUGCUAACUUGAGCAAAAGUGCCAAAGUGAAGAGCUGGAAUAUAAACUUAAAAGCACACUGAUUUCUGUUCCUUGACUAUGCAUAUUCUGCACAGCCUAAUUCUCUAAAGGGUUCGGGUUAGUGGACCUACCUGUUUAUGGUUCUCGGAAAGGGAACCAUAAAAUCAAAAUAACUUUUUGUUCAGUUAUUUUGAUUUAGUUCUUAAUAGUAAGAUAAUGUAACCUGAGCUUCAUUUUGCACACUUCAAAAAGUAUAUUCGUAUAGUAGUGCCUUGAAAGAGUGAGAGUAGGUGAUUCUUAAAUGCGGUUUUUAUUUAGCUUUUAAUGCAUAUUUAGCCUGGAGAUGGUUUGAAUCAUAAUUUUUUUGAUUGUGCUUUUGUGUUUUAUAGCUGAUGUCCUUGAGCACAACCCUGAACUUGCUAUGCAAUCUUAAAACUGUUAGGGGAAAAAACACAGAGAUUUCAUUCAUUUCUCAACAGAUAUAUGUAGUCAAUCUAAAUUCUCCUGCAUGUUUUAUACAAACACAUUCAAUUAAAAGUGAUGCUACAUAUAUUGUAAUUUAAGAGCAUCUCCAUCUCCUAAAUCAACUGAAUCUCAGUCCCCAUCCCUUUAGAUGACUGAUCAUCGUAGAUGAAACGGAUUGCUGCCUCUUAAAGAAUGAUUGGAAAUGCUCUAUCAGUUUUUAAGUCUGUCUGACUUCCUCCAUGUUAAGUAUCUGUUCCUCUUUUGUAGUAGUGUUAUGCUGUAAGUGCUCAGGCUGCAAUCAAAACUUUAUUGUGAAUAUUUCAUAUUGUGAAUAUUUCUUUCUGUUUUAUAUUUGGUAAUUUCUUUAUUCAGCUUAUUGUUAACAAACUAGAAUAACACUUUUUUUUUUUUUUUUUCCCUUUCUUAAGCCAUCAUCAUCAGUGGCAUUACAUGCUGCAAAAAAAGCUGUGUAGUAUAUAAUUUAUCAAUUUAAGUAUGCGUUCAUAACAUUUCAUAAGCAUCUGUUUAAAGAAGUAAGCCCUGAAUCAUAUUGGCAACAUGUUCACACACCUCUAAACAUUUCUAUCCUUAAUGUGCAUUCUUGUUAAUCCAGAGGAAAACAUGUUUUUUUCUUUACAAGUUUGUGAAGGUUUUCUGUUCCUGAUUAGAUUGUGUUGUCGUUCUCCACACAACCUACAUCAGUUAGAAAUCACUCAUUACCUCAACAGCAACUGUUCCUUAUUAAAUAACCAGAGCACCAGUUUGUUCAUCAAACCUGUCUCUUUUUCUCUCGUCUAACUCUCUGCAACAUGACAUUCAUUGCUGUAUGUAUAAAAUGAUAAACAUUCAUUUGGAUUUACCUUUUGAUGGAUGGGUUAAAAAACUUGCACCAUAUACUGCCUGGCCAAAA